AUGCCACUUCCACCAGGUCUCCGUGCUGAAUUGAAAUUACAUCCAGACGUGCAGUCCCUAGACGAGGAAUGGUCCGGGGUCACGGAUCCUGCCACCCGUCGGAAACUUCAGAAUCGAUUGAACCAACGAGCAGCAAGACGACGCAAGGCUGCUCAGAAGAAGGUGGGGGAGGACGCCUCGUCAAGUGCUAGCUCCUCUCGAGCUGCACGGCUCAAAGAUGUGCCCCUGGUCGAGCGGGCCGAUCUUAACGACCUGAUAGCGUUGAGGAGCAAGAGGAUCAACCGAACCGAAUGGCACACGGCCCUCCAGUCGUUUGACCCCACAGGCCAGUCGCCCUUUGUAUCCAUCCGGAGCAAGAACUCUUGUCAGCGAUGGUACGAGGUGCUUCUGGAAAACCGGCUGGUCACCAUCAAGGACCUGGCGGAGAAGCUGGAGAAGGACCGCGACAACGCUUGGCUGUAUCCGCUUCCUUCCGAUCAUCUGAUCUCUUUGAUCUAUUAUAACGUGUACCGAGCACUCAUCUCCAACACCCAUAUGCUGGGCCUGGACUUGAAUCUCAUGUACACCGACGACUAUCCUUCCCCGUUCCUGCCGCUGUCGCAGAGCGCCACCUCGAACAUACGCCACCUGCCACCUUCGCUGCAGCCGACCGAACUACAAAAGACCAUGGCACACCAUCCAAUGUGGGACAUCUUUCCUGACCCGGAGAUUAGAGACAACAUCCUCCGGUACGGGGAAGACAAGAUUGAUGAUCUACAGUUGUGUCUUGACAUGGUUGGGAAUGGCGAGAGCACGGGGCUGGAGGGCCUCGACAUUCAAGAGACGAAUGGGUUGAUUGUAUGGUCGGAACCCUGGGACGCGACAGGGUGGGAAGUAACGGAAUGCUUUGCACGCAAAUGGCCUUUCCUGCUGAAAGGCGCAACCAACUUUCAGAAUUCCACGAACAAGUGGCGCCUGAGCCGGGGGGAGGACCCUCUGGACUUUGAGAGGAUUUUGGAGAUCCAAUGA